AUGCCUAUUGAAGUAACACCUUCCCCUCAGACAAUGAUGUCCAGGGCCUUCCUUCACCCUGGCUGGUCCUCUCUGCCGCCCACAGGACCGGUCCGAGCCGUUGAAUGCGUCCCUCGCUCUCAAGCUCCCAACAGCGUCAUGUCCAACGGUCUACGCAAUCCCUGGGCCCCUUAUGGGGGCGAGACGUAUUCGCCUUCAGCUCAAGCGGGUGCCAUCAGGAGUGAGCAGCGCUUCGCUGGUGCAGACAGUGGUGCUGGUAUGAGUAUGGUCGGCAGUGUGGUAGGAGGCAGACCCAGAGCAAUGUCAAGUGUUAUGGGUGGUGGUGGUGGGAGUGUCAUCGUACCUUCAAGUAUCGGCAUGGGCGGAUAUCGCGAGGAUGAUGGAUGGAAUGGUUCCAUGGGCCGAGUGCACCAGGGGCACGCGCCAGAAAUGUCAACGGCUGCUGACGGCAUUCGAGCGAUAGGAGGCUGGGGUGACUGGAGACAGCAGCCGGCAGGGUGGGGUAAUCAUGCAAGAAUGACGCCUACCAUUGCUGCAGGGCUUACUGGUAGCGACAUCGCGCCCUCAUCCUGGGGCGUGCCAAUGCAGCAAGGAUAUGGUGGAAGCCAUCACCGAUCCUUUUCUGUCCCGGACGCAGGAAGAAGAAACCUUCUGGCCGGAGACGAUUGCGCCGAGUGUCAUCAAUUAUCGGGGUCGAGAAGUGGUCAUAGGAGACUGUCAAGUGUACCGGUUAUUAGCCAGUCACCGCUGAGGAGACCCGUCAACUUGGAGCCAGGUUUCAGAAGAAGUAAUAGUGAUAAGAGAAGGUACCAUGAACAAGGCGAAUUCGAUCAGAUGAUGGAUCAGGUGCCCAUGUGA